UCUGUCGGGCGUUAAGACGCGCCCCGAAUGCGUCUUUAAAACACAUCGUUUCAUCUCAAAUCUUGAUGUUCGGAAGAGAAAACACCUGGGACUAAACAAAAAGCUCAAAGGAGAAUCGCGAUCGCCAGGAGGUUUUUUAUUUUCAUUUUUUUUUUUUUUUUCCAUUUUAAUUCCCAGGUGGAGUAUGGGUGAUAACAGCACAAUGGCAACCAAGUCUGCUGUGAACACCCUUUCCCUGCUGGGCUCCUCCUCCUCCUCCGUGUCCCGGGCGCCCCGGUGUCCGCAGCCCGGCGGUGGCAUGAGGCUCGAGGCGCUCAUGGAGACCCUGCAGCGGCAGCAGGAGGAGAAGCUCCGGCAGAAGCACGCGCAGAGGGACAUACGGUCCGUGGUGGAGUCGCACAUCCAGCACCGAGCCAUGGCGCUCCGCCAGUACCGGGCGGCGGUCCGGGACGCUCUGGUCGCCAGUGAUCCCGGUUCGUCCUCGGAGGACGAUCGCGGAGCAGAUGCUGAAGAUCGGGACCCAGAGGAUGACUGUACGGAUGAUGAAGAAGAGGAUGGUGACGACCACUCGGAGGAAAGCCUUCAGAGGGGCCUCGGCGGACAUGCGCUGUCCAGGGCCGGAGAGCCGCCGUGCGCCGCGUCGGGCCGAUCGGAUCCGCACGUGUGGACCUAUGAGGAGCAGUUCAAACAGCUGUACGAGCUGGAUGACGACGAAAAACGGAAGGAGUUUCUCGAUGACCUCUUCACUUUCAUGCAGAAGCGAGGAACCCCGGUGAAUCGGAUUCCCAUCAUGGCCAAGCAGGUGCUGGAUCUCUACACUCUCUACAAGCUCGUCACAGAGAAGGGCGGCUUAGUGGAGGUCAUCAAUAAGAAGAUAUGGCGUGAGAUAACCAGAGGACUCAGCCUCCCCACAUCCAUCACCAGUGCAGCCUUCACUCUUAGAACACAGUAUAUGAAGUACCUCUAUCCAUACGAAUGUGAAAAGCGGGGUCUCAGCUCUCCCGAGGAGCUUCAAGCAGCUAUCGACAGCAACCGGCGCGAGGGACGUAGGCAGAGUUACGGAUCCACACUCUACAACUACUCCCCCGUGGGGGCAAGUAACAUCCUUUUGCAUUCUAAAGGACAGAUGCCCCACAUUGUCAACAACAGCCAUCUGACCCUGGCCAAAGCAAUAAAGCAAGAAGAUGCGACGCUUUCCGACAUCACAACCAAUCAUAUCUACAAGCCCGGGUCACUUGCGGGACAUCACGUUGCAAUGGCCCAGGCAGCAGCUGCACGUGCUGCGCAGUCUGUGCAGUCGGUGUCCCUGGAGCAGCUGCGGGACUCCGUAGAGUGCAAGGAACCCCCUCAGAAGAAGAUGCUCCUGAUGGCCGAGGAGCAGCAGAGGAUGGUUCAACGUGCCCUCCAGCGGAACCUGUUCUCCAUGACAACGCAGCUGCCUGUCAAUAUAAAGCUGAACAGCAAAGAUGACAGGCAGGAGGCUGCAUUGAACCUGUCUACCAGUGGCAUUAGCAGCAUCAACAUGUCAAUAGAAAUAAAUGGAGUUGUCUACACAGGUGUCCUGUUUGCUCGGAAACCAGCCACCUCAGGACUAAAUGGAAACCAGGGAACCAGCCACACCAGCUAUCAGGGAAAGACCGGGGCAGGGCAGCCAGCAUGCCUUAAGCAUUGUUCCUCCUCUUCGUCCUUAUCUGCGGCCAGCGGACUAUCCUCCAGCAGCCCCUCACCCUGAACACCCAGUAACCCUCUAUGCAGUGCAGCCAUUGUUCCAGUGAAAAGCCAGUCCCUAACAGCUUUUAACAGGACAUUAUAAACCACCCUUAUUUUUCCAGCAAAGAAGUGGCCAGGACUAAAGGUCUGCACACCCAGAAGGAAAAGCCCAGAUAAAGCAGACCAUGAACUCUCAGCUCUCCCACUGUAAACUGGGAGGGUUUACUACUAAGGAGGCAUCUGGAACUUCUUGAUUUGUUGUUAUUUUCGCCUAGCACUGCGAUGGCUGUGGUCGGCCGUUUGCAGUUUUGUUGUCUCCAUUUCCUCUAUGACUCUGGAUGCAUUCAUCAGAUGAACUUCGCAAUGUUAAAAAUGACAUCAGAUGAGGCAUCAAAGGAAAAAGCCAGAAGUUGCUGCUCUCUGCUGAUACCAAAGAAAGCUCAAAUAAAUUGUGGCAUAUUUAUGUAACAUAGUUCUCAAUGGAUCAAAAUUGUUAAAAACGUUUUAGAGUACAUUUUAGCAGCAAGACUUUACUUUUGUCAUCAGCAGCUGGUUCAUGCAAGAUCUUUAUUUACUACAGGCCAAGUGUAGAGUUCCUAGUCAACACUGACAGCUGCUAUGAGGACAAGGCAUCAGAACAGGACAGAGAGGGUGAGAUCCCCGUAAUGGGAGACGUUCUGUUGGCUCUGUGUUGUGUUCCUGGAAGGGAUUUCACUGAUUUCAUUCCAACUGUUAUUCAGUUUAAUUUCUGUGUAGUGCUCUUCUCAAAAAAGUGACGCAGAGCACUGAACAAUACAACAUGUAUGACUGAGCCAAGUGACAAUAAAGAGAACGCAAAGAGAAAACAUGUUAAUGUACUGAUCUGAAGUAAGCCAUCUGACAGCUGAGGAGAGGAAAACAAAAAAAAACUCCCUGCUCAAGAAAUUAAAGAAACUAAGAAAAUAAACGUCUGGAGGUCCAAGUACCAGUCGUUGGCCAAAACUCCUGCAUGUUCGAGUGUAUUAAAAUGUACACUGGUAUGUUUAGCAUAAUGAGUGUAAAAUAACCAGAUUGAUUACUGUAAACAGAUUGGCAUGGCAACAGGCAUGGUGGUUGGAGCAGCAGCACUAAUGUUUCUUCCCGUUCUAACAAAGUUUGGUGUGAUACUAGAACACGGACUGUGCUUCACAACCUGUGGUUGGUGGGAAUUCAAGCUGAAUUUUUUCGUCACAAUAUGAUACAUAGGCGAUAGAAUGCCUUUUUUUCAGAUACAUUGUGUGCUAUAUUUUAACCAAAAUACGUUUAGUAGAUAAAGACUCAAAAUCAUUUUGUCCACCCACUCUUUGCUGAGGAAAUUCCUGAUUGUCUAUUAAUAUGGAAAACAAAAAAAAAAUAACUAUGAGCAAUAUCAUUAAUAACAUUAUUAUUAACAAUAAUACAACUAUUAAUAUUUGGAAUAGUGUGGUAGUGUUCUGGAUGAUGUCAAGCUAAAAACAGUUCAGUGAUUAUAGGCAAAACACAACUUGUUUACACACACACAUUGGCUGAAGCUGCCCAUCCCAAGCAGGGUCGCAGCAAAGCGGAGCCUAA